AUGGUAAAACGUUGUGUUUGGGGAACCUGUAACAGCGAUGACAGGUAUAAGCAUAAACCUCAUAUGUUAGGAGUGGAGUUCUUUCCUAUACCUAAGCCGAAAACAAGAUUGGAAGAAACUUUACAGUGGGUAAAAGCUUGUGGCAGGAAAGAUUACGCCGUAUCCAAUGUAAACAAACAUGCCUAUGUGUGCAGCAAGCACUUUGUUGAUGGGAGACCUACCACCCAACAUCCAUACCCAAUCAUGGCUACCCCUUCAAAGCAAACUGUGCACAAAUCCAGGAAACUUCCGUUUGACAGAGCCACUAUACAUACCAAAGCCAGCAUAACCACGCCCACUACCAGUAAAAUUGUCGAUCAAGUAUGGAGGGAUGUUGGGGCGUAUGUGACUUUAAAUGGAACCAACACAUCAAAAGACCAACCUCUUCAGGCAACACCACAUUUCUGUGAAGAACUUAAAGUGGAUGCAGACCAUACUUACUAUGCUGUAAAGAGGGGAUUUAAUGUACAAACUACAAGUAUAUCUACACAAACAGACAUUACCAUGGAAGAAAUGGAUUCUCUGACAGAUAAUAUGAUGGACACUGGUAGCAUGAAGAGAAAGAAUCUCAUGAAUGACAUUAUGAAAGACAACAAAUCCUGCAAAUUCUAUACAGGUGUAUCACUGGCAGUAUUUUGUUUCAUCCUAAAUUUCCUGAGGAAAACGGCUUCAUCCAUGGUGUACUGGAACAGUACAGAUACAUCCGAAAGGGAAAAUUCUGAGACACCUCGCAAAGGACCGAGAAGAAUAUUAGACAUAAAGAAGGAAUUAGCACUCACUUUGUUAAGACUAAGAAGAGGAUUCGAUACCAAAACUCUUGGGGACAUGUUUGCUAUAUCAGAAAGCUCUUGUCUUGUUGGAAUCACACCCAGAGGUUCAUUUAGUUUUAUAUCCGACUUAUUUACUGGUAGCAUAUCUGAUCGUAAAAUUGUACAAGAUUCUUGCUUCCUACAGAAAGUUGAGUAUGGUGAUGAUAUAAUGGCAGAUAGAGGCUUCCUUAUUCGAGGUGACUUAGCGCUGAAAGGGGCAACUUUAAAUACCCCCCCUUUCUCAAUGGGAAAGCAGAUGUGUGCAAAUGCAACUACAAAGACACGCAGAAUUGCACGUGCAAGAAUUCAUGUGGAAAGGGCAAUAGGCAGACUGAAGAACUUUACACUUUUACAGAGAACUAUUCCACUGAGAAUGAAACAUACAUUUAAUCAAGUUGUAAAAGUGUGUGCCAUUUUGUGCAAUCUGGACAGUCAGUUGGUUAAAUAA